UUGUGUCUAUUUUGUUGGCGGCUCUGAUCCGCUCGGUACAGCCCUAUACAAUCAUUGGUACAGCUCUGAGCAGCGCCAGCCGGACUGGACAGAAGAGAUCGCCGCCAGUUCUCCGUGCAGAGCGAAUCACCUCGGCGCGUUCGUCACAAAUAAAAGCACACAGCCAGAAGGCAGCCUAUUCUACGUCGAUUCAUGGAAUUAUUGUCAGGUGGCGUAGGUUGCAUUUAUUACCAAUUCAGUUCGAUAGUUGUGGCUUCUACCCAUCCUGCCUGAAGGUCACAAGCGGAGCUGCUCAGCACCGACCGCCGCGCCCCUUCAGGACUUCGUCACCCAGGGACUGCAACGAAAGGACGAUGGGGGACAACGAGCUGCAAUAGAGGAGUGAGCGCAGUCUGAGGGCAACAGGAUCUGAAAAGGGAGAUUUGGCUGAUUUAGAGGAGGGACAAGGUAACCCCAGGACUUAAGAGGGAAAGAGGAGGGGAGGGAGGGGGAUUAGGUGCAGGGCUGGACUGGAGGACAGAAGGACUGGAUGCUAUUCUCAAUAGGCCCCAUCAGGUCCCAGCUCCCACAGAGAUGGCCUCCAACUUCAACGACAUCGUCAAGCAGGGAUACGUCCGCAUGCGUAGCAGGAAACUGGGGAUUUACCGUCGCUGCUGGCUGGUGUUUAAGAAGUCAUCCAGUAAAGGACCACGCAGACUGGAGAAGUACACUGAUGAGAAGUCCGCUUACAUCAGAGUCUGUCCUAAGGUGACAGAGAUCAGCAAUGUGAAGAAUGUCACAAGGCUCCCAAGGGACACCAAGCGCCAGGCGGUAGCCAUCGUCUUUACCGAUGACACCUCACGCACGUUCACCUGUGAAUCAGAGCUAGAAGCAGAGGAGUGGUUCAAAACUCUGUCAAUCGAAUGCCUGGGGACCCGCCUCAAUGACAUCAGUCUAGGAGAGCCGGACUUGCUGGCAGCAGGUGUUCAGUGUGAACAUACAGAGCGUUUCAAUGUGUUCCUACUGCCCUGUCCUAACCUGGACAUCUAUGGGGAGUGUAUGAUGCAGAUCACCCAUGAGAAUAUCUACCUGUGGGACAUCCACAACCCUCGCACCAAACUGGUCACCUGGCCUCUCUGCUCCCUGCGCCGCUACGGACGAGAUGCCACGCGCUUCACCUUCGAGGCUGGACGGAUGUGUGACAGUGGAGAAGGCCUGUACACAUUCCAGACGCGGGAGGGAGAACAGAUCUACCAGAGAGUCCACUCCUCCACCCUGGCCAUCGCUGAGCAGCACAAGAGAGUUCUGAUGGAGAUGGAGAAGAACAGCAGAUUGUCUAAAGGUUCUGAGGCGGGCUCCUACCCCUGUACCCCCACAGCCAUCCUGCCCCGCAGUGCCUUCUGGCACCAUAUCACUGGCACCCAGGGGGGCAUGGACCAAGCCCAUGGUGACAUGUUUGGUGGUUCUCAGACUGGCGCUGAUGCAGACCUGCUCUCCACCCGGCUGCCCUCAGAGCCACGCCACGCUACCAUGCCCCUGGCACACAGCCGACACUCCCCCGCCCGCUACCCCACCUACCCCAGCCAGUGAUCCCAGGGGUGCAUUGCAGACCCCUAACCUCCUCCACUCUAUACACCGCACUCCUCCUAUUCUCCUUUCUCUGCAGUGCUUACCUCAACGCCACACCCCCUCAUCUACCCUCCAGCCAAUCAGGUUGGGUUGUGGGGAGUGGGCUCUAAGAUGGGGUCAUAGGACCUCCCCUAAGGCUGGGAGCUCUGUGAAGCAGGACGUGACAGCGCCUCUGGUCUUCUCUUCUUCAUCCAAAGGCUGGUUACCUGAAGGAACUUCAACUCCCAAAAUCCCUCACGGUAGGGGCAAAGUGCAUUGUGCGAGCCAGCAGUGGCUUGUUGCCUCUUAGUGAGCUGACAUUGUGGCAUGGUGCAUCUCUCUUUGCUCUGCUGUGGGUGUGGAGGAGGAACAGGAGGAGGAUGGGCGUGAGCUGUAAGGAUGUGAUUUAGUCUCCUCUCUAACCCCUGUGAAAUCUUAUUUUCUGAUGGGAUUCAGUCAGCUCUCCAUCACCUCAACCCCCUUCGCGACAGACCUCUUCAUGUACCUCAUGCCAGCUCUUAGCAAAGUUCAAUGUUUGGGGCUCAGGACGUCCCCAUACAGCUCUUAUUGGGGGCAGAACAGUAGGACCCCUUCCUACCAUCCCUGCUCUCCAGCAUGAUAAGGAUUGUGGCACUCGCUCCAACCCAUAACUUCAAUCUGACAGACACAUAUGUAAGACAACAGUUUCUUCCCAAGUACUGGCCUUGGCUUCCUUCUUCAACUGUGUGUGGGUGGAAGAGGGACUGUCCCUGGACUACCAUCCAAACAAACUCCUGGUCUAAUUCCACAGAGAAACAAAGGACCACUUGUCUUUCAUCUUUCUUUCUUUAAAAAAAAAACUUGUAGCAGACUUAACAACCUGACUUUACCUUGUAUACUGUUCUGUCUGAUAAAGAAAAUAGACAGAUUUUUCUGGGAGGAGAGGGAGGCAGUGAUGAGAGGGAGGGAGAGCCAUAUGCCUCUGAAGUCAUGACUUCGUUUGUUGUUUUCUCCUGGUUUCCUGCCAUUGGGUUGUGAAGACAUCCAAGGCUGUUCAUAAUAUGGUAAUGGAACCCUGUCCUCUGUGUGUGUGUGUGUGUGUGUGUGUGUGUGUGUGUACUGCAUGAAUGGGAUACACAGUUACUGUCAUUUGGCCACUUUAAAACCUAUGUUAAGAGAGAAUUUAGACAUGGUAAAUAAUAAGCUAGAUUUAAAAAAAAUAUAUAUAGACGUCACAAAGAUGUAGCCACUCCCUCAAACCUCAUCAUUAUUGUGGAGGUCCUUGGUCUGAGGGAGACACCACGGACUGUGUCAUAGUGUGGCUCCUCAUUGAGUUUCCUGUCAGGCACAAGAGUAUAAUGAACUAGUGAAGUUGUGAUAACCAUUGUUAAUGUCCCGUGUUUGUAGCUUCACAGACUUUCUGGUGUGUGGGGGUGGGUUAUCGCCUGACCAAAAUGGUUCUUGACAUGUUUGCACUUGUUUUUUUCCCUUCUUUUUUUAAAUGUGUUUUUGAUAAAUCAGGAGCCAUUGCUCUUAAUUUGGGUCAUGUGAGGGAUAAGCACAGAUCUAGGGCGGGUCCAUAAGUUACCUGCCUCAGAGGACCCUCACAUGGAGUCCUUUCAUUUUAGGGGUGUAGCCUAGAUACUGCUAGUGGGUUAGUUAGUAGAUGACUGUUGCACAAAGAGAGAAACACAUGUUUUUAUAGCUGGAAGUAUAAAACCUGCCCUCUACACAGUUCUUACAUAAGAUUGGGUUUAUAACUAAUAAGGCUAAUUAUUUCAACCCCGUCUCAACAUUAUAGCAGAUUUGAUUGACUAUGAACUAAGACUUUCCAACUGUGUAUUCAUUUGUGACACUUGGAUAUGACCCAACUAAUACCACCAUGUAGUUAGAGAUUGGACUAAUAUGAAAUAUAUAUAUAUAUAUACUUGCAUACAUACAAUAUUUCACCACUGUUAAAGUUAUUAUAUGUGAAGCUUAUAAAAUGAGGUAAUUUUCUAAUCUCCUUGACUAGGUGUAAUGUUAUUUAUUUGAGUUGGCCAGAGUGGGACAGUCUGAUGUCUAAGGCUACUUGUUAAAUGCUGGAAUCCAAUAAAACACACAUUUACAGAUUAUUUAUCUCAUGUUAACAUAAAGGGCUAAGCUUUUUGUUGAACAUAGGGUUUAAAACAUAAAGACUAUGUAUUUGUGUUUGUGUACAUACAUGAGUUGUUGCUGCCCCCUUGGGUUCUUGAAAAUACAGCUAUUUAUUUCACAUCGUGUGGUCUCUAGAUGUGUGUGUUUGUGAGAGAGAGUGUGCGGUGUACGGCUGAAUGUUCUGUGACAGGGAUUGUCUGGGGGACGUUUCUUUGAAAUGCAUGCACUCUGCACAUUUUUAUACUGCGUAACGAUGGUAAGAUUGAAAUGUUGUGGACUUGUUCGUCCAGAUAUGUGGGUGAAGAUUUUUUUUACAGACGUUUACUUGGCACAAGGGAAUAAAGAACAACGAUUCACCUGA